AUGUUCACGCCUGGGGCGAUCAGGUCCGGCUUGAGGACCUCCAGGGUGAGGAAGUUGGGCCCCCGGGAUGAGAACGCGGCCACCACCGGCGACGGCCGGAUGCCCAGCCUCGUCCCUGAGAAGGUCAGGGUGGCGGAAGCGCGAUGGUCGGCCUUCGCGUACCGCUUGAUGGCCGCCCCCUCGGCCUCCCCCACCGCCACCGCCGGGAGAAGGUGGCUGUCCGCCACCAGCUCUUCACCGUUGGCGGCGGUGUUGGCAAGGAUCAUCCCCACCCCGCCGGCCUGCUUCACUACCUGCCCCUUCUGCACCCGCGCGGUGAUACCUCGCUCGCAGAGGACGAUCUUCCCGGCGACCAGGUGCGGGUCCAGGGCUCCGUCCAGGCAGAGGGCCUUGGGGUCGGCGGCGCUGCUGGCGUUGCCGCCUAGGUAG